AUGAAAUCGUGGAAUUGUAGGAAUCUGAAGAAGAUUUCAAAACUGCAGAGCCGGUGUCGAGCGACAGCACCACUAGUGUGGCGCGACACCAAAUCGAGACGAAGAAGAAACCAGCAGUGUCGAGCGAUACCACCACUAGUGUCGAGCGACAUCAGCCACCAACUGAAGCAGAUAUCAAAGAAGCCAAAGCCAGCAGAGGAAAGAGUUUACAAACCUAAGAUUCCUUACCCAAGGAGUCCUAAGAACUCUAAGCAGGAGCUAGAUGAUGAAGGAUGCAAGGCUUUGAUGGAGAAGUUUGUGAUUGAAAUUCCUUUGGUUGAUGCUGUGAAGAUUAAUCUUGUUCUUAAGCAAAAGAUUUCAGAGAAGCUCUCAAACCCAGAAAGCUUUGACUGCUCUAUCUUCUCAGAGAUGUUCAAGAGAUCGCUGUGUGAUCUUGGUUCGAGUGUUGACCUAAUGCCACACUCUGUAGCUGUUAGCUUUGGGAUGAUUGACUUCAAGCCAACAAAGAUCUCUUUGAUCCUAGCAGAUCGAUCGAAAAGAAUCCCAAAAGAUGUCUUGGAGGAUGUUCCGAUUAAAGUUGGUGAUUACAUAAUUCCUACAGAUUUCGUGGUUCUGGAAUAUGGAGAGGAACCCAAAGAUCCUCUUAUCCUGGGAAGAUCAUUUUUAGCUUCAGCUGGGCGGUGA